AAUGAGCGGUGGGAUCAUAAAUUAGGAGGCGGGGAGAGGGCGGGGCAUCAUGGCCGCCCCCGAAUGCUCUGCGUCCGGGGGCUUGUGGGAGUCGCACCGACCAGCAGCACCGCCACCGCAGACUCGCCUUCUGCCCUCAGCAGCCGAGCCUUGGUCGAGCCCGGGCAGCUCUGCUAGGCGGCGGCUGGAGAGGGAACUAUGGGGACGGUGCACGCCCGGAGUUUGGAGCCUCUUCCAUCAAGUGGACCUGAUUUUGGAGCAUUAGGAGAAGAAGCUGAAUUUGUUGAAGUUGAACCUGAAGCUAAACAGGAAAUUCUUGAAAACAAAGAUGUGGUUGUUCAACAUGUUCAUUUUGAUGGACUUGGAAGGACUAAAGAUGAUAUCAUCAUUUGUGAAAUUGGAGAUGUUUUUAAGGCUAAAAACCUCAUUGAAGUAAUGCGGAAAUCUCAUGAAGCCCGUGAAAAAUUGCUUCGUCUAGGAAUUUUUAGACAUGUGGAUGUUUUGAUUGAUACAUGUCAAGGUGAUGAUGCGUUACCAAACGGGUUAGAUGUCACCUUUGAAGUCACUGAACUAAGGAGGUUAACGGGCAGCUAUAACACCAUGGUUGGGAACAACGAAGGCAGUAUGGUCCUUGGCCUCAAACUCCCUAAUCUUCUAGGACGUGCAGAAAAGGUGACUUUUCAGUUUUCCUAUGGAACAAAAGAAACUUCGUAUGGCUUGUCCUUCUUCAAACCACAGCCCGGAAACUUCGAAAGAAAUUUCUCUGUAAACUUAUAUAAAGUUACUGGACAGUUUCCUUGGAGCUCACUGCGGGAGACAGACAGAGGAAUGUCAGCCGAGUAUAGCUUUCCCCUGUGGAAGACCAGCCACACGCUCAAGUGGGAAGGCGUGUGGCGAGAGCUGGGCUGCCUCUCCAGGACUGCGUCGUUUGCUGUUCGAAAAGAAAGCGGACAUUCACUUAAGUCAUCUCUUUCGCAUGCCAUGGUCAUUGACUCUCGGAAUUCUUCCAUCUUACCAAGAAGAGGUGCUUUGCUGAAAGUUAACCAGGAACUGGCAGGCUACACCGGUGGGGAUGUGAGCUUCCUAAAGGAAGAUUUUGAGCUUCAGCUAAAUAAACAACUUGUAUUUGAUUCAGUUUUUUCAACAUCUCUCUGGGGUGGAAUGUUGGUACCCAUUGGUGAUAAACCAUCAAGCAUCGCUGACAGGUUUUACCUUGGGGGGCCGACAAGUGUUCGUGGAUUCAGCAUGCACAGCAUCGGGCCGCAGAGUGAAGGAGACUACCUGGGUGGAGAAGCGUACUGGGCCAGUGGCCUGCACCUGUACACCCCGUUACCUUUCCGGCCAGGCCAGGGCGGCUUUGGAGAACUUUUCAGAACACACUUUUUUCUCAACGCAGGAAACCUCUGCAACCUCAACUAUGGCGAGGGCCCCAAAGCUCACAUUCGCAAGCUGGCUGAGUGCAUCCGCUGGUCUUACGGUGCUGGGAUCGUCCUCAGGCUGGGCAACAUUGCUCGGCUGGAACUUAAUUACUGCAUCCCCAUGGGAGUGCAGAGGGGUGACAGGAUAUGUGAUGGCGUCCAAUUUGGAGCUGGGAUAAGAUUCCUGUAGCUGACGCUCCCUCCAGGAGAAGCUCUGGGACACGGGCAGCAGCACAUCACCUGGGUCACACGUGUCCUCCCAGAAUAGACACAGCUGAGCGAUGCUGUGACUGCAGUCCUUGUGGGAAACUAUCUCAAUAAAUUUUAAAGACAAGCACUCGACGCCUCUUGGAUAUGUUUUGCUCUCACAGCCAGCAAGUCCUCGCCAGCUUUCCUCCAGGACACACAAUUCAUAUCUCUCAAAGUAAUAUUUUGGGAUAUUCUUAAUUAGUCACAUGUGGAAAAAAGUUUAAAAAAAGUUAAACCUCCUUUGAAUUCUUCAAAAAAUGGUGCCAUAUGAAAAUGAAAAUGUCCAGGUGGCAGGUGGUGCCCCGAUAGGCCUUAGCUGGAAUACUUUACUCUUGGGUUUUCCCCACUCCAAGGUAGGGCUGAGUCCCCAUCUCUUCAGUCUUCCCCGUAACCUGUUUAUGUCUUUGCCAAGAGACCUUGGCCUGGCUCCAGCCGCGUCAUCCCUGGUCCAAGCUGUCAGGCCCCCCAGGACUAUCUUACCCUCACUGCCUGCAUGAGCUGCAGGGAUUUUGUAGAGAACAUGUAAGAAGAAACAGUUUUGCCUUUCUUUUAGUAGUCUGAAACAUGGGAAAAUAUACUUUUACCCUGUAAAUUGUUUAUUGUUUACAGUUUCACAUUUACUCUUUUGGCAAAAUAAAUCCAUGUUAAAACAC